CUGCCUCUACUCACUGAAGCAGAAUCCUCGGAAGAGUUGCUGAGGCAGAACUGAAAUCAUGGCUUGCCUCAAAGAAGCAGCUGUAUUGGCUGCUAAUGACGCCUCACACAGAAAGACGAUGCUCCUUUAACUCGAGGUUUUAAUGGGAAGUUUCUAAGCCUGAGAGACAACAGCUUUAGAGCUGGGGUGUGCCAUCAGCUGCUGCUGCUACCUCUCUGUCUCCUGCUUGAACUCAGCCUGGCCGGGGAAGAAUGGAAACCAGACAGGCUUUUAACUACCUGUAACUGUUUCACCAGGAGAUGAAGCAAGCGGUUGCCCAGCCAGACCCAGCAAACACAAUUGGACCUGGCAGAGAGAGGACACAGAUGCUCUGCGUGAUGGGGAAAUCCCACCAGGGCCAGACGCUGCUAUAACUCAGCCCCUCCAGGGAGCAACCAUGAUCUCUGCAAACUGAUGAUGGAAGAAAGGGGAGCCAGAAGAUACUGUGCUCUGGAUUCCCAGGACAAUGGAUGGAGGACAGCCUGUCCCUUCACCCCUGGUACCCCUUGGGAACGGAUCAGAUUAUAGUAUGUCUCUGGAACAGAAAACAACAUUUGUUUUUGUGAUUCUGUUGUUUAUCUUUUUGGGCAUCCUCAUUGUCAGGUGCUUCCGGAUUCUUCUAGACCCAUAUCGGAGCAUGCCAACCUCAACCUGGGCUGACGGGCUUGAAGGUCUAGAGAAAGGGCAGUUUGACCAUGCCCUUGCUUAGUGGGGGCAUAGCAGGCUGCCCUCCCAAGGAGGCAAAGGGCUUAAUGUCUGAGCAAAGCUUCCUCUUUGUUGAAUGUUCUUAACAAAUGUAAUUUUUACCAUAACUGGCCCAAGGACAACGACCCAUUAUUUCGUAAACAUGCUAUUGUGUUAAAAGUGUCUUGAGGACAAUGGAAAGUUUAUAUCUCUAGACCCCAAGGAGGAAGGUGCAAACAUUUGUCUUUACUCAAUGAAUGAAUAUUGUUGAAGAUAUUGUAAAACCAAGCACACCAACCCUUGUGUAGAUUUCACUGUCAAAUGAAGCUCUGUCUGCUCAGAACAGAUAAUAAACCCGUGUAGAGACAAUGUUAAGGGGCUACAUAUUUCUUGCAAAGCAGGGAACACUAAGAAGCAGUGGUAGGGUUAGAAAAAUAGUUAUUUACUUAGUAACUCUGGAUGAGAAUGCUAUCAUUUUUAAUUUUUAAAUAAUGUUAAACUCAAAGUUCACAGAGUUUUGAAACUACCAGUCCUAAUCCAAUCUCUGUAUGCCUAUAGCUAACACAUUUAAAUGCAUUGAUGUAUAAUUUGAAUCUAUUGUACUUCCGUUCCUGUUGGAACUAAUGGGUUACAAGCACAACUUCAAGGUUAUAUUUUGAAAGAAAGAUGAUUGCUUAGCAAGAAGACUAUGGCUGGAAGAGGAUUAUGCAUUUUUAUGUGCAUAUAGUUACCAAAUAAAAAAUUUCAAGAUGCA